UUUUAACGUCUUUACGUGUCGCCACAAAGUAGAGUAUUUCAGGCAAGCAUUUAUUUCGUCCGCUGGUGUCGAUCGAGGAAUUACAGGCAAUGUUUGCCUGAAAUCUCCUGCAAGCAAUAUUAAUGCGUUCCCAAAUGGUGUGAUGUUUCCACGCGAAUCUUGCAAUGAUCGACCAAGAGCGAUUUUUUGUGCGCCAUUGUGCAUUCAUCCCAAACAAUAAGUUUGCAUUUCUGCAAUACUUUUCCCAUGCCGGAUGCUUUGGAAAUGUUGCACGUGGGAGUUUCAAUGAAUUGCAUGUUCAAUGGCAAUUUCAAAGCGGAAUGAGCAGUUCUUCCACCUGGUAGCAAUGUCGCAGCUAUUCCGGACGACGCAAGAGCUAAGACUAUGUCAUUUUGGGAUCGAAUUGCUGCCAGAAUCAAUCUAAUCAGGAACGUUUUACCAGUUUCUCCUGGCGCAUCUAAGAAGAAGAUUUCUCCAACCCCGUUAUUGACAGUUUGCAUUGAUCGUAAAUGCCUUUUUGCUCAAGCGUUAGCUUAGGAAUAUUUGAUUGCAAAUACGACAAAAGAUCGCCCGUGUUGUAAUUUUGUUCACGACGCAAUUCUACAUCGAACUAAGCAGCAGCAGAUCGAUUCGGUGAUGGCAUUCCCAAUUGAUUGAGAACGUUGCUCGAGAUUUCUAAGCACAAAUCUUCAAUUAUUAUCAACGCUUCGUUGUAGAUUUCUGCUGUGAAAUCCAUGUUCAUAUUUGAAUUCUCCUUGCGUAUUCGACGGAAAAUAUCUUCAGCCAUGUGCGAUUUAUAUUUCAGUCAGUUUAUUUAGUAUAGCGUGUGUUGCUUUUACGUCCAACAGAUGGCGCUGUUUUUCAAAAAAGCAUGUUUUUACCUGUCACAGGUGUAACAUCUAUAUAAUAGUAGGCAUAUAAAAACACGCGCGUAUUCGAAUGCAACGUUGUGUCAAAAUUUCAAAGCAAUCGGUGAAGAACUUUCGGAGAUUUAAGAUUUUGAACAAACGAACAUUUACAUUUUUAUUUAUAGAGAAAAUUUCUCUGAGAGUGCAUGGACAAAGUCAGUGCUAAGAAGAACGCAUAAACAUUCGCUAUUUUUUUAACAAACCCAGGGCACUUCAUACUGAAUGUUAAUAAUUUGUUAUAUACACUGAGUAUAUCACUCUGUAACCGUUCGCUUACUUGAGUUGGUGUACUUGCCUGAAGAACGCAUGCUCCUCAAUAGCUUUUUGUGGACGGGAAGUCCUGUGGUCAUCAUCGACUAAUCUUUCCACCAAAAACAUGUUUUUGAAACGAGCGCACAGAGUUUUCGCCGCAUCAUUUGGUAUUGCAGAAAAGGGGAUGCAGCGUCUGAUUAUAAACACGUUUUCUCUUUGGCAUGUUUGAUUUGUGAGAUUCAAGUAUGGUUAGCAUCCUCGUAAUUUUUUUUCUGACAGAUGCAAACUCCUUACACGGACAUCCAAACCGCCUGCGAGUGUAAACGACCACUUGUGCUUGAUAGCCGUAGUUGACAGCUUUACGAUGCAGAAAAGCAUUGCAUGUUUUGUGUGAUUGGUGGUUUGAUGUUUGGUUCGGUUGCACAAUACAAUAAGUUUAAUCCGGGACAUAUUUUUAUAUUUUAGUUAUUUCUUGGGACAUCGAGACUCAUAGCCUGAAAUCAUACUGGAAGGAAAACCGGCAGCAUCAUGGAACUGAGUUUGGUAUCACAUGUUUACAAGAAAAAGUCAAAGGAACGCCUACCACGAUGAGACCACGCCCCCUUCCGCUAACAGCGGCGUUCGCCUCGGAUUGGGCGUGGUUUCAAAACUUACUGUUGCCAUAGUGCCACCUUCAAUAGGAUUUCUUUAACGUCUGUCACACAUAGUCCACAACUACAUUAUACAUUUGAGCAGAACCACAUUGUCAACAGGCACAAGAUACAAUUAGAGAACUGAAGCAGAACGCUCUAUUAAUAUUCUAAAACCAUAGUGAAUAAACGAAAACCUCCGAUACGCAUAUGGCGAAUUCCUCUCCUCUCUGUUACCAAGUUCGGGAAGGCGGCCCCUUAGGAUUAGGGACCGGGUUGCGCGGGGGACGACGUUUGUGACGCACAGGAAGUUCGGCAGAAAUGCCAAGUGCGGCGCCGGAGAAAAGGUGAGCGGGAUUUAAACAAAGAGGAAUGCUUUUAAGAUUCAGGUGCUUUUACUGCAGUACAACUUGCUGUGAGGCAUAAGACAACUACAGAACGAUGAGGAGAGAUGCCGUACGACAUUUGCCUCCCAAACUUUCCGAGUUUUUGGUAAUGGCUCCUAGGUCUAAUAUGUUUUGCUUUAAAUUUGAAAAUCAUGGAGACACAGUGCUGCAUAAGAUGAACUUACUGCGUGAGCAAAAUCGGUUUUGUGAUGUUACCUUACAAAUAAAAAAUUUUGAAUUCCAUGGACAUAAAGUUGUUUUGGCAGCAUCUUCUCCAUUUUUGAGAGACCAGUUCUUGCUUAAUGAUUCAAGGGAAGUGACCAUUUCUGUCUUGCAAAGCUCUGAAAUCAGUAGGCAACUUCUGCUGUCUUGUUACACAGGAAUUCUUGAAUUUCCCAUGAAGGACCUGGUCAACUACCUCACAGCGGCCAGUGCACUACAAAUGGGGCAUGUUGUUGAAAAGUGCACACAAGCAGUUUCUCAGUACCUAGACCCAACGUUAGCCCAUCUGCAGCUACAGAAGACUCACAAAAGUAGUUUUACUGAUGAGGGGGAGCAAAGUUCACCAUCUAUAGAUGAUACAUUUCAAGGUCCCGAAGAUAUUGGAAUUUACAUAGACUCAAACGAUGGUAAAAAUGUCAAAUCCAAAUGUCUUUCAGAAUUUUGUUUUGAGCGUAAAUAUCAGGCUUUUGAUUCAUCAAGUGAAACCACAAGCAGCCAUGGGAUGAACACUUUAGUGGAUGAAGUGGACCAAGAAGUGAUUAGUGGAGAUAUUUACAUGUUGGCUGCACAUGAGAUUGAAUUUCAAGGGUUGGUAUCGACUAAAUAUUCACCAGAAGAAGAGGAUCGGAUGGGACAAGAAGAUGUUAGAUCACCCUUGAUCAGUAAGCUAAUGACAGACAACCACAUUCGAGAAUAUGACACAAUAUUACAAAAGCCUUAUUAUUGUAAGAUGUGUUGCAGAAUGUUUCAGCAUCUUGAAAACUACAUAAGUCACAUGAAGGAGCAUAAACUAUAUCUGUGUUUGCGAUGUGGUAAGACUUUCUCUCAGAAAAGUAACCUCACACGGCACAUACGCGUUCACACAGGAUUUAAACCCUUUGAGUGCUCACUGUGCAAAAAGGCAUUCAGCCAGAAAGCGACUCUGCAGGAUCAUAUUAACCUUCAUACUGGAAAAAAGCCUCACAAGUGUAACUAUUGUGCAGUUAAUUUUGCACAUAAGCCAGGACUGAGAAGGCAUCUAAAAGACAUUCAUGGAAAGAGCAGCUUAGAAAAUACUUCAGAGGAAGUGGGGACAGUGAUUGUAGAUAGUGAUUAAGAAGAAGUCUCCAGUCUACCUCUUAGUUUGUAUGACACAUAGAGUCAAGAGUGUCCAUCAUGGUCUUUCAAUUUUUAUCAGCUGUUUCAUUUUAGUUUCCUGUCAUAUUUUAAUAGUCGCUGUGAUAGUUUAUACAGUUGCUCCCUAAUCAGUGUUUUGAACAGUAAUGCCGGGCUCAAGUGUGUCCAAGUGCAGUAUGCCUUAUCUGCUGAAGUACUGUAUAUUCACAGUACAGAACAAGAAAUCUCAUUGGUGCAGUACUCUGAAGUUUACCAGGUAACGCCUGCAUAAACCCUCCUCUCAGUCCCCAGUUCUUCUAAAAGUUAGAGUUGUGUUCCUGCUUGAUGUUCAUUUAAUUACCAAAGAGAAAAGUAAACUGAGUUGGUUAAACAAUAACUUUCCCAUAUUUUUGCAAGUGACCAUUGGCUGUUCUUUUCUGAAGGUUCUUUGCACUGUGUUGUUUAACAAUAUUAUGAGACUUGCCUAAACUGAAAAAGCUAUGUCUUGUUGAUGUGUUGCAUUAUGGCCGCUGUGCCGUAAAAUGUAAGCCAGUUCAGUUUUUGGAAUCUUUUUUUUUUUUUUUAUUGUUAUGUUCAUGUUUAAAAAAAGAUGGUUCCAUUAUGACAUUGUAAUUUUUGUGUAUCUCACAUGAAAGCUGUUUUGCUGUCACUGGACUUUGCAUCUUUUCUUUAACUAAAAUUCAUACAGAUAAAAAAAAGUAGCCUUGAAAGACAGUGGUGUGCCCUUGGGCUAACCCCUGAAAAAUCAAUUGAGCCAACUGCUUGAAUUGCAAGUGGCUACAAAGCUGCUGUCUUUGGUAGUGCGUAUGGGAAUAAAAAGAAUAAUGUUCAUGUAUUUUACAUUUGUGGAAUGAUGUUCUGUGCUGUAUUUCAUGACGAUAUCAAACUAUUAAUUUAUAUGCCGAGGAUGGCUACAAAACAGGAACACCCGACACACAGCAGAGUUCGACAUGUGCUGCAAUUCAGGCAUUCAACUAAUUAGACAGUCAUUUUGCAUAAGUCGCUCCACAGUUGAGCACAGUAUGGCUGAGCAAAACUGUGUGUAGCACACAUUAAUGGAGGAUGUCCCUAUGCAGAAUGCACAUCACAUAACUGUGUUGUUCCUCAUAUUUAAAUCCAUGAAGAAUUAUACAUAUGAUUGAGUCAAGAUCAUAUCAUGUGGCUGUUUUGCAACUUUUAAACAUUUAUAAAAUUUAUUGUGGUGCAUAUUAUAAGUAUUUGUGCCAUAAAAAAAAACGGAUAUUCGACAUCUGGCUUAUGUCUCAAGUUUAAUUUGUGAUUUACCUUUAACACAAAGUUAGUUUCUUUUGAUAUGAAAACAACUGUGAAUACAACGACCUGCACUGUCAUACACUGUGUAGCAUUUCAGAAUCUUCCUCAGUAAGAAUCCUUACAGUCCUGCAUGUGUUUUGAGUGUGUGUUUGUGUUUAAAGGGUCUUCACGUCAGUCAAAUGUCACAGUUUGCCCUAUGAGAUAAAAGUUGAAUAGCCUGUAAGUCUUCGGGUCUGAUCUGCUGAAUGACUUAUAAAGAAAGCUAGAGGGGCACCCUGCCUGCUAGCCUGUUAUUGAGUAAUAAUGAACCUUGGAAAUUAAUUGAUUUUGUGAAACACACAAGAAUAAUUGACACAAAAAAGUUGUAUAGCUAUAAAAUAGUAGAGGUAAAUGUCCAGAAAUUAUAGAUAUGAGUACUGUGUGGGCCAGGAAAACUUACAGUGGAAACUAUUAUGGGAGCAAAUGAGGAGUGAGAAUUGGCCUCAUUGUGUGUUAAGAAAUAUCAUUUAAUUACUAACCCUGUAUAUAUUUUUCCAGUCAGAUGUGUUAAUUUAAAAUUGGAGAAUAAUCAUUCACAUGUUAAAUGAAUGUUAAUUAUUGUUGAAUAAAUUUCCAAUGUUAAAUGUAAAAAGUGAAAUUUUAUUCAGCUGACGCUUAAUUGAUUAAUGAGGGUUUUUUGGGCCAACACUGUUUAAAAGCUGUAGCUGUGAGCCUGCCACUCCAGUUUCAUGAGCACAAAACCCUGAAGCAGCACUAGGACUUUUUUUCUUUUAUUACAACCUGCAUUUAUUUUUCCUGCUAAUUUUAGUCCAAGGUACUUUUUAACUGUUGCAUACAGAAAAGGAAUGCAUGUGUAAUACUAUUUAAUACUUUCUUAUUAUACGUUGUGUUGUAUAUUUUGAGAGAAAACAAAUCAGUAAUGUUUUAUUGUAACCUGUAAAAGAAUUGUUGAUAGAAUUAUAAAAGCUUAUGUUAAGGCUGAUGGACUUUUGGAUGUUGACCCAGCCCAGCUUUUAUAGAUAGUCUGAUUUGGUCUUUUUAUUUCAAUAAUUUCUUAAUUACAUACUUUAUUUCUCUUUGUUUCUAAACUUAGUGGGCAGAUUUUAAAAUAGUCUGCAAUAGAUAUUUCUCAAGUUGUAUUUUAGGUCACAAGUUUGCGUUUGGCCUCUUCAUUGCUCUUGAUGUUCCAUUAUGUCUUUUUCAAUUAUUUUAUCUUUAUUUUUGUAUUACACUCCUAAUGUGUAGUAAAAGUUCCACAUGACACCUUGAUUGCCUGCAUCUAAUAAGAAACUUAAUUCUCAAAAAAGGUUUCUCAACUCAAUUGGCGCUAAAGCUCAGGUUAUAGAAGUGAACUCCUUUUUUUAUUCCUCUAUUUGAUGACCGCAAAGCCUCUGCCUACUGUUAGAAAUCCUCUGUGUUCACAAAUGACAUAAAGCUUCUUUCUUCCAUAAUAUCUGCUUGUUUCUGUCCUUUUCUGACCUGCCUGUGCUUGUAUGACUUCUUCUAAACAUCUCAGUCGAAACUCACACAAAUGAGCUCUCUCUUUAACCAUCAUUGCCUCCCAGUGCCUUACAACACUGAAUCCAAAAUCAUGUUGCUGAGCUAUAAUUUAGUUUUGCCCCCACCCAACCCCCUACAACUCUGCACUCUGGGUCACCGAAGCUUGUAAUCUGGUAGUAACCUAUGGUCCAAGGGGUGGUGGGGCUUUUAGGGUUAUCACAGUCCGAGUCUGGGAUGACCUGCCUAAAUUAUUUGUUCUGUUAAAAAAAAAA